AAACCUUGUGUAAAAAGUGCUUACACAACAUCGCUAAGGAAAAGGUUUGGCAAACAGCGCUUUGCAAUAAUUUCCUGGCUAUAAGGGGUGCAAAAAUAGACGAGCUGAAUCACAUCCUGUGCAGCAGUUCAGCACUUCACAGCCAGAAACUCUGAGAGCAGAAAUGGGGGAAGCUGACAAUUCAUCUGAUUACCCUACUAUUGACUGGUGUGAGGGGGAUGCAGACUGCACCCCUUUUGUGAUCCCCACUAUUUCCCCACUGUCCAGGAUUGGUUCUCGGCACUGGAUCGCUCUGGUCUGCUACCUCAUUGUGUUCCUGCUGGGUGUCCCGGGGAACGCUCUGGUGGUGUGGGUGACUGCGUUCCGAAUGCCGAACUCUGUGAACGCACAGUGGUUUCUGAAUCUGGCCAUCGCGGAUCUGCUGUGCUGCUUAUCGCUGCCUCUCCUCAUGGUGCCGCUCGCUCAGGACCAGCACUGGCCUUAUGGUGCUUUAGGUUGCAAAUUACUCAGCGGUUUGUUGUACAUGAUGAUGUACUGCAGCGUUCUGCUCCUGGUCGUGAUCAGCUUGGACCGUUUCCUACUGGUGACCAGACCGGUGUGGUGCCAGAACCACAGAAACACGAGGCAGGCCCGCUGCGUCUGUUUGGUCGUCUGGAUUCUCUCUCUCCUUGCCGGUUCUCCUCAAUUUGCUCACAUGGAAAUCUAUGAAGAGAGCAAUACUAAAUUAUCGUGCAAAGGCAUCUACAGUGACAUAGGUUAUGCAUGGACUGUAACUCUUGCCCGCUGUUUUCUGUCUUUUCUGCUGCCUUUCCUGAUCAUCUGCAUCAGCCAUUGGAAGGUUUUCCGCACAACGAGUUCUGGACGAGGCAGCGACAAGUCGGCCCGCACGCUACGUGUCAUCCUGGCAUUGGUGCUCAGCUUCUUCCUGUGCUGGCUUCCUUUGAACGUUGUGGACAUUAUGAUGUUAAUGAAAAAAGGACGAUCAGAGAGUUUUAUAGCCAACUUGAAUCUAGCCCAUGUGCUGACGCUCUGCUUGGCUUACAUUAACAGCUGUCUGAACCCUCUGCUCUAUGUAUGUCUUGGCCGCGGUUUUAAGGAAAAUCUGAUUAGCUCGCUGCGGAGUGUGCUUCACUUCGCAUCCGAGGCACCGAUUCAUCGAACCAGCAUGACUGCCACCAGUAAGUCAACCACAGACGGGUUCAGAGAGAAGCCCUUGUGAAAAAUGGUUGCGUAGAGAUAUGGAUCGUAGUCUUUGUCUUCAGAUACCACUCUCUAGAAUCAUUUGUAGGUUUAAAGAAUCAUUUUAUCAUGUUUGGAAAAUGCUGCACACCAAAGAUGUACAAACAUGUUCACCAAUAUUGUUUUAUUGUAUUAACAAUAACCUUUUUAAACAUCCGUAACAUUCACACACACAUUUUGCAAACAGCGAUUCAUAACCAGGUCCUGUCACAGCUAAUCAAAAACAGCAGUGCAUACUUUACUAUAGGUUUGUGUGCAUGCACUAAUUUUCACCAACCGGAAUUACUCCAAUUUGAUUUCAGAUUCUGGAAGCUGUGUUUAUAUGAACAUGUCUAUGUUAUAUAAGUAGCUAUGUCAGAAUAGAUAUAAUAAGUAAAACUUAUGGAAACUACUUAUUCACUGAUCAGUUCAUCAGACAUAUGCAAAAAACAUAAGUAAACACUCAUAUUUUAGUUUGAGUUAUUUUAGUGGGGCAGGGGGGUUGGGUCCGGUUGGUU